CGAGAAAACGUGAGAUCUGGAAGAAAACAUUGGUAUUUGACAGAUACGUUGCUGAAAAAUAAUAAUGUGGAACACCCUCACGUUAACAACAAGUCUUCUGCUUUACAUUAUAGAGACGGAAGCUAAUACAUGUUACUACAGUGCCAGCAAUGGCGAGGUCCUAAACUUCAGAUGUUAUAACUUUGGGGAAUAUUGCUGUGGAAGACAUUGCUGUGCCAGUGUAGCUGCUUUCUACAGAUUGUGGUAUUUCUGGCUGUGUGUUCUCCUCAUGGUAUUGCUGUGUUCUGGAGGUGGGUACUGGUACAAGAGAAGAUAUUACCAGUCCAACUUCAUGAUGCCUGCAGGACAGACCAGGAUGGCAGGGGGCAGGAAUAACACUGUCCAUACUCAGAAUAACUUUGCUUUCGACUCAGGAAUUGACCGUUAUCCUCCUUGUGAGUAGUCAAUAAGUGCAUUUA